AUGCUAUCUGCUGGAUUACUUCUAUCUAUCAUUACCGCGGUUGCAUUAAGCGAUGGUGAUGUGGAAAGUGCGGUACGUGAAAUGACAUCCACUAAGGAUGGAUCAACAUGGUGUCCAGUACCAGUCGUUGGUACACAAUGUCCAACAUCAAGCAUUUUCCAUUAUUACAAAUGUUGCGGUACUGCUAACAAGGAAUGUUGUUUCAAUCUACAGACAUGGGUUAUUGUCGUUUUGGCAGUGGUUGCAGUAAUGAUGCUUGCAUCAUUCGUACUUUCAAUCCUUCGUUGCUUGUUCUGCCGUCGUUAA